UCUCCACCUGGAAGAGCCGCGGCUGCCCAGGAGGAGGAGAACGCGGAGCCGCCGGACCCACGGACGCGCCCACUGCCCCCAGCUCGCGCUGCCUCCUAGGAGCUCGCUGCCGGUUCAGGUCCCUCCCGCAGGUCCCUCCCAAGAGCGCAGAGCCGGGAUGGAGACGGUACAGGAGCUGAUUCCUCUGGUCAAGGAGCUGAUCGCCCAGAAGCCCAACCGGAGGCUGGUGAAGAUGUACCUGCUGGGCGGCGUGCUGGCCUUGCUCAGCGCGGUGCUCUGCCUGGUGGGGACGGUGUGCAGUCCCUUCACCGCCGCCAGCCGCCUGCAGGACGAGGAGGCAGCCGUGGCCGAGCUGCGGGCCGCCCGGGAGCGCCAGGCCCCUCAGGCACAGGCCCUGCUGGAGAAGGGCAAGCAGCAUGAAGCCAUCGCCUGCAGCCGGGCCCUCGCCAACCGGCAGCACGCCUCCUAGAAACUGGGAGACCCGCAGUGGGGGAGAGGAGAGAGAGCGAGCCUGAGAGAAACAGAGACUGAGACUGAGACUGAAUCAAGUAGGAGAGAGCAGGAGUCCUGUGCUGUUUGGACUUACUUCUGUGGAGCCACUGAUUUCUAGAACUGAACGAGCUCACAGACCCACCGAAGGGAGUUUGGGAAGAGUUUUGCUGCUGUGCAGCACUGCUGAUGACACGUGCAUCUGUGAUUUUGCACGAGGGCAGAAGGAGGAGAAAUGCUUUUUAUAUUAUUAAUAAUAUUAUUAUCAUUAUUAUUAUUAUUAUUUUUAC